AUGGAGGGUCCCAGUGACGCUAUUACCAUUAGAACCAGAAAGGUUAUUAACAACCCAUUGUUGGCUAGACUCCAAUUCGUCAUUGACGUUUUGCACCCAAACAGGGCUAACGUCUCCAAGGAUGAGUUGAGAGAGAAGUUGGCUGCCACUUACAAGGCUGACAAGGAUGCUGUCUCUGUCUUUGGUUUCAGAACCCAAUACGGUGGUGGUAAGUCUACUGGUUUCGGUCUUGUCUACAACUCUGUUGCUGAUGCUAAGAAGUUCGAGCCAACCUACAGAUUGGUCAGAUACGGUUUGGCCCAAAAGGUUGAGAAGGCUUCUAGACAACAAAGAAAGCAAAAGAAGAACAGAGACAAGAAGGUCUUCGGUACCGGUAAGAGAGCUGCUAAGCACGCUGCUCGUCGUAACGCUGACUAAACUGGUUAAAAGGUUCAUAUCUAAAACUAUUUUGAUCUUUUGUUUGUGUGGAUUAUGAUGGGUGUAUAAAAUCGAAAAAACGUCAUUUUUAAUGUUUCCAAAAGUAUCUGUG